AUGCGUGCCUCUGUCGUCCUCGCUGCUCUUACCAGCCUCGUUGCUGCUGCUCCCCAGAUCCAGAUCUCUACCGGCGAAAUUGGUCUCAUCUUCACCUACACCAAUGGCUCUCAGUCCGAGCAGAAGUGGGUUGCUGAAAGCGCCUCCCCGGUGGCUCUGAACAGCGGCGGCAUUGUUGACAACGUUUUUGUCCGUCCCCUCGACAACCCUGCCGUGCCCGGCCACUAUCACGGUGCUAGCUGCUCUUUCCUGGAUUUCCAGAGCCGUGACCUGGGUGUCGGUCACGUCAGCAGCCCUGGCAUCAUCAUUCUCGAGUCCAAGGACGUCAUUGAGUACGUCCAGUGCAAGACUGAUUAA